UCCUAAAUUCAAAUUUUCCUCGCGCGUUUACAGAAAAAGUAACGCUUUCCACUAUUGUUUUGAUAUUUAUAUGAAUAUUUCAAGUUUUACUGAUGUUUCAGUUUAAAAUCUAAUUAAGAGUUUUCUCUGUUCAUGUCAAAACGUCAGUUCAUUUCGUUUUUGUAAGUUUGCUUAUUAAUCUUUUAUGUGGCUAUACUUCGAUAGCGGCGUUAUUGCUAAAUUCGACCUCCUUUGUGCCAACUGUUCUAUCAAUUCAUAUUUURCAAAAAAAAAUUCUAAGUAUUAUAUGCAUGUAGAACUAACCGGAAGCACAAGUCAAGCAUACUUGUCAAAAAUAGAUUUGAUAACUGUAAUUAUUAAAGACAUCUUCCCGAGUGAGUAGCCCUCUUUCGAAACUACGUACACAACUUCAAAAAUCACAUGAGGCGUCAGCUUGACAUACAAUUGAUCAAACUCUUCCCGGACUUGACCAAUAAUUUUACUAAAGAGAAUCGCUGUCAGAUCCUCUUCCAUGGACUUUCUAUAAAGCUCUUUUACCAAGUCAUCGAGAACUUUGGCCGUAGCUAAAACGAGACAACUAAACAAACGAAGMRCAAGGCUCAACUUUCACAAGAUAAAUGGCAUUCGGCGAUGAUAAUUGCGCUGGCGUUCAGGCUCCCUUUGGAUUAUCGAUUACAACAUCUGUCAUCACCAGUCUCUUAACCCUGGUCACUGCUCCAGGCAAUUUGCUCAUUUGCAUUUCAUUUCUGAAAGAUCCAAAUAAGGAGUUAAGAACGGCAUUCAACUACUUACUGAUGAAUGUUGCCAUUUCKGAUCUUCUUGUUGGUGCCAUUACUGACCCAAUAUUUGUGUUAUUCCAUAUAAGGGAAGCACUUGGAUACCCAGUGAUCACGUGGUAUGUCUUACCUCACAUGUCGUUCUUUAUUGGUUGUACGUCAUCACUUCUAAGUAUCGCCAUGUUAGCUAUAGAGCGGGCCAUCGCGGUCAACGCGUCAUAUCACAGAAAACUCCCGCGUAAACGAGCCAUCAAGAUGUCAGUCGCCAUCUGGAUCUUCUCCAUAGCAUUUCCCUGUAUUUACUUUGAGCUUGGCUACUUUAAAUUCGCUUUUAUCUUCUCCAUCCUCAUGAUUAUCGUCACGUUUGCAACUCUUGUUACKUCAUUUCUUCGUAUCCAUAGCAACGUCCGUAAGCACGUUUCUGUUAAGAGCGAGCCGUCUGAAGAUUGCUCUAAGAGUUCCAAAAGCAUCCAGGAAAAGCGCCUUGAGUAUGAGAAUCGUGUCACUCAAAUYUUCAAGGCCAUCUUGAUCUUCUAUGCUGUUUGUAAUGCCCCUGCAUUCGUCUUUAUAUUCAUCGUCAAUUUGUGUGGGUCAUGUGACUGUGUUUUGAUUCAUUGGUCACGUGACCUCCUACUUUUGUGUGUGCUGACAAACUGUGCUGGGAAUCAGUUUCUGUACGCGUGGAGAAUGAAGAGUUUCACAAGGGCGUUCCGCUCGUUGAUUAAGCAACCUGUCUCCGAAGCUUCCGUGGUGCUUGGACAGAGCACAAAUARCCCGUAAUUUCUCAUAAUUUCGUAAUGGUAAUUUCUCAAAAUGUCUUUUAUUACUAUAUACGAAACUAGAGAAUAUAAUCAAUUGUGUGCUCGGAUAAGCUAUCCGAUUUCAUGUUUUAUUAGACACUAAUUCUCGUGAAACCUAUCGAUCACUCUAAAAUACAGUAGAAGAAGUCGUAUCCUUCCUAAUGUCACAAUUGACUAAAAAAAUCGUGGAUUUCCAUCCWAUGUUAAAAAAAUCUGGAUGUCAAUGGCUUGUACAAAUAUUUACAAGGGUAUGCAGGAUAUUAGUAGAAAAAUUAAAAAUAGAUUCAGUUCCAAAUCACAAAGUGUAAUAUUAAUAUUGGAUUAAUAUUUUACCUUGUAAAUUCUUUGUAAAUUUAUCGCUAACAUUCUGUAAAAUCCCUGUAAAUGUUUGACACAUUCUACACUUUUUCUACCUACCAUGGCAAGGGCUACUGUUGCUACAAAUUUCCUACGAUUCAUAGUAUUUUUAUAAGGAAUUUUGUUGAUUUUGAACCUUAAAAAUCUCUGUAAAUAGCCGACUUGCGAAUUACGC